AUGAAUUUACGCGAUGCUGACUCUGGUAAAGUUCUUUGGCAAUCGUCGGAUGAUUUAUCGGCACCUGAUACUGAGCAUGAAGCUCGUGUACCAAAACGCAUACUGAAAUGCCGUGCAGUAUCAAGAGAAAUUAAUUUCUCAUCUCAGGAGGAAAUGAAACAAUUUCGACUAGAACAAAAAGUUUACUUUCGAGGACAAAUUAUCGAGGAAUGGUCAUUUGAAUUUGGAUUUGUUAUUCCCGGAUCCACAAAUACAUGGCAAUCACUUAUUGAAGCAGCGCCAGAAUCUCAAAUGAUUCCGGCAAAUUUAUUAAAUGGCAACGUCGUUAUCGAAACAAAGUUCUUCGAUGGUGAACUUGAGGUGAGCACGUCACGUGUUCGUCUUUUAUAUGUAUAA